AAAAAUUUGUAUCCAAACAAAGUGGUUGUUUUUGGAAAUAUGGAUUAUCAUCAUGUCACCUUAUUAUUCAUGCUACUGUCGUGCAUUGCUUCUUGUGCAUUUGGAGCAACAAACAUUUUCAACGUUUUGAGUUAUGGAGCUGUUGGAAAUGGAAGAGCCGAUGAUUCUCAAGCAUUUUUGAAGGCUUGGAAUGCAGCAUGCCAAGGCCAGGCCAAAUCGGGUGUUACUCCUGUAGUUUAUGCACCAGCAAAGAAGACCUUUCUUUUGGAUCCUUUGACCUUCAAAGGCCCAUGCAAAUCUUCUCGCAUUUAUAUGCUGGUGUCAGGAAAUAUGGUGGCACCAGUAAAAACAGCAUGGAGUGGGAAACAAGUAGAAGGAUGGAUCUUAUUCACUAGUGUGAACGGACUCGUUAUCAAAGGCAAAGGCGUGUUUGAUGGCAAAGGCGCUUCUUGGUGGCCUUCUAGACCUUGCUACAAUGAUCCAGCCAGAGGUGUUUUGUGCAAGGGGCCAGCUGGGAUGAUAUUCCGGAGAUGCCACGGGCUAAGACUGGAUGGAUUUACGAAAAUUAACGGACCAGGUAGCCAUAUGGUGAUUAUGUCAACUCAUGAUGUCGUCGUUUCUAAUCUGGUCAUAAUCGCUCCCGGGGAUAGCCCUAAUACGGAUGCAAUCGACAUCUCCGGCUCGACAAAAGUACAAGUCAGAAAUUCUUUCAUUGCAACAGGUGAUGACUGCAUUGCUAUAACUGCGGGAUCUUCCAAUAUUGAUAUCAGUGGAAUCACAUGUGGGCCCGGUCACGGUAUCAGCAUUGGAUCGUUGGGAGGUGGAGGAUUCGAUGUUGUUGAAAACGUACGCGUACGAAAUUGUACUCUAAAAAAUACCAUCACUGGAGUCAGAAUCAAGACUGUACAGGGAGGCACAGGAUAUGCAAGAAAGAUAUCAUUUCAAGGAAUUAAGUUUGAGGCUGUGGAUAAUCCCAUUGAAAUCGAACAAUUUUACUGCCCACUUAAACAGAACUGCAAAAAUGAUACAUCAGGAGUGGCAAUAAGCGAUGUGACAUUCAGUGCAAUAAGUGGAACUUCAAUUGCAGAAAAUGUGAUUAGUUUGAAAUGCAGCCAAAUAAACGCAUGCAAAAACGUAAGAUUGGAUCGAGUUUACAUCAAAUCAACCACUCCAAACAAGAAAGUUUCUGCAGUUUGUUUCAAUGCUCAUGGAACGGCCACUCACACUAAGCCAGCUGUCAAGUGCCUUUUGCCUUAGAAUUAUCAAACUCAUUUUUCUUCAUUUAUAUCUAAGAAAUUAUGUGUAUGAGUCACUCACUCACUAUGAGCACGUUGCUUAUUUCUGUUUAUGUAAGCUCUGGAUAAAUAAAAUUGGUUGCUUUUUUAGAUUCA